GUUACAUGUACUAACUAGUUGUUAGAUCUCAGACAUUCAAUAUCAUCUCACUGAGACAGUCAUUGAUCUUGAACUCAUCAGUUUCCCAGUAUCAUUCUUUAAUAUAUAUGUCCACCACUGUCUCUUUACAGGCAUAUCCCCUUCCAAAAAUCACACCACCCCACACCCAGCCAUGGAGAGCAUAUCUAGUACAAUUACCACUCCGUCCCAUUGUACGGCGGAUUUCUGCCUGAUCCCGAUUGGCACAUCUUCAGCGUCAGUAUCUCAACAGGUCGCUGACGUCCAACGUCUGGUUGAGAAAUCCGGCGUGAAAUAUGUCAUGCAUUCAGCAGGAACAACCCUUGAAGGAUCAUGGGACGCUGUGUUUGCCGUGAUCGGUCAGGCGCAUACUAUGCUCCAUAAACAGGGUAUUGUGCGUAUCCAGACGGAUAUCAGAGUUGGGUCAAGAACCGAUAAGGUGCAAAGUAUGGAGGACAAAGUAGGCGUUGUCGAGAAGCUGCUGGGGAAGUCAUCUUAAUUUUGAGGCUACUAUCACGAAUAUGUGCUACAUAUAUUUUGACCUCGUCGGAAACAAGUUGGGUUCUUUCCAUUGCCUGUAUGCUCUCAUAAUUGAGCUCGUCAGAUUUGCCGACAUCAUCUGGCGAGGAUGUUUUCCCAGACUCGGUUGCAAAGUGGUCGGCUCUUUCAAAUUUUUAUCAUGACUGAGAAUCACUAAUUAUGCAUGAAGCUGGAGGGAUCGAAUCAUUGAAAGAGGGGCCUAUAAGAAGAAACAAAACAAAAAAAAUCUAUUAUAUAGCAUCGUACUCCUAUUUAAUAAAAGUUAAAUGUGCCUAUCCAUACUCAAUAACA